UGCUCCAACUCGCAUCUCUCCAUCUCUUCAUCAUCGAAUCUUGGUCGCUCUUCGCCAUCGCCAUCUCCGCGCAGCACAAACACAAACACUACUACACACUCGCUCACUCACUUCGACCAUUCUCUUCCUAAGCCCCCUUUUAAUCCUUCACCACGACGACUACGGCUACGACUACCACCGCGACCGCUCCAUCGACCACCUCACGCCCCUCCUUGACCCUUUCCGUCCCCUCCCCUCCACACCCCACCGCCGCGAGCUCUCACUCCCAGUCUUCGGUCCUCUCCUCACCGGGUCCGGUGCAGGCCUGUACCUCGUACAACACCUCGGUCAUGUCCUCUCCUCGGAUGCCCAGCGCCGUCAGAGGCGGCGGCGGGGGUGCCGCGCCUUCCCCGCCCGACCAUGACUCGUACACCUCUGCCCUCUCGCCAACUGUCGCCUCAUUUGAUGAAGGCCCCGGCGCCGCCUUCUCGGCCUUCCAUCGCCGUCGCACCUCCACGUCCAAUCCAACUCGUCGCCGUUCCUCGCUCAUGCAGGAGCCAAUGUCGGGUGAUUCGCGAUCAAAUUCCUCAACUCGCCGCAGCAGCAACGGCCAUCCCCCACCUUCCCCUUCCACUGGUUCCAGCGGUGUCGACUGGUUGAGCGCGCGUCGCGCGCUGUCGACGCAGCAGGAACGCAAGAGGUCAAAAAGUGACGACGAGCGCGAACCAGAUGACGCGCCGCUUCGCUCGACUGCGUCACCCGCAAGCAAUCAACACCUCCACCCUCGCAGCGCCAUGCCCGCGUCCAUAUCCAUAUCCACAAACGCGCCAUCAUCGGCUAACAACGAGGCCCCAGAACGUCUUCUGCCCGCGCGGGCGCACAGCGCGUCCAUACCCCCAGUCCUCUCUCCAUUACCCAUUCCGGCCACCGUCUUGCCCACAUCGGCCACGCCUUCAGAACUACUGCCCCUCCCACAAGAUCCUAAUCACAUUCUUCCUCUUUCGACUCCUCCCCCUUCCUUCCGCGAAUCCCUCGACUAUGUCGGGCACGCGUCUAGCGGCCACGGCAGCACACCGCGAACCUCAUUGUCGGCAAGCGAGGAGAUGAGCUGGGGCACGGGCACCCGCUCUUACUCUGACAGCUCGGCGGGUGAUGACGACGACUCUCCAACAACGACGUCAGGAUGGUGGUGGCGCGCUCACGGGCGCCCACCACCUGUGCGGCCAAUGUUACGCAAAGCACCGUCCAGGUUGCCCUUUGGGAUACGAAGAUGGGGCUGGCUUCUCGCGCCUUUCAACAGGAUGGCCAACCCUCGCGAGUACGAGUACACGGCGCUUUUGAGCGGCGGCGCGAGCAGCAACGGCGGCAGUAGCAGCAGCAGCAGCAGCAGGAAACGCGGCGGCUACGACCGGGAAAGGAUUUACCUUACCACCACCCGACGAAAGCCUCGUACCGUCUUUGGGUCGGAAUACCUUGCGCAGGCCGCCGACUUUGUGCAGAACGAGCCAUGGGCUGUCGUGCUAUUCCUCUUCGUGUUCGCAAUAUUCGCCGUUUGCCUCGGCUGCAGCAUCAAAUACAUCCUGGAUCCGGACAAGGCCGCUUUGCCGUGGCGUGAGUACGCCAUGCAGGAUUACCCGACCGUUUUCUCAAUCCAAGACGCCGACUGGGACAAUGACGCGCUUGGGGGCUACCUUCCUCCGCUCUCGGUGGUCAAGCCUCUGUCCGCCCAACACGAACUAUGGCCAUAUCCGGGCUACGAUUACGCGCCGCAUCGCGAGAACUUGCAUGGUGGUCCGCGCGUUGAUGACCUCGAGCCGACCACGGUCUAUGUCGCCGUCUUCACCUACGACGUUGGUGUGGAUCGUCGCAAUCUCAUCCGCCAAAGCUACGCCUCACAUCCACGAUCACGCACCCCGGGGACCGAGGGUGUUCGUCUCCGUUUCAUCAUGGGCCGCCCACGACCGCAGUUCAAGCAUAUGGUUGAUGCGGAGGUGGAAGAAUACGAGGACAUUGUUAUCCUUGACACGGACGAGAACAUGAACCAGGGAAAGACGUACACCUUCCUUUCCUGGGCGGCCGACAACGCGACGGUUCCCGACUACGAGUACCCGUCGUACCCGCGGUCUGAGGCGAGCGCACUGGAGUUUGCGGCGCAGCGCGAGCGCGGCGAGGAGCCUAUGCCCAUUUACCGCGGCGAGAAGAAGCCUGACUACAUUGCCAAGGCCGACGACGACGCAUUCAUCAUGCUCGGCGAGUUGGAACGACAUUUGCGCGUGACUCCGCGCAACAAAACCUACUGGGGCUAUCUCGUUCGCGAGCGCUUCAUGGCAGGAGAGUGCUACGCUCUGUCGCGCGACCUCGUCGAGUACAUCCGUGACACGGAGGACUUGCGCGACCAUAUCCACGGCAAGGAGGACAAGCUCGUGUCAAAGUGGCUACGUACACACCCGGACAAGGAGAAGAUACUGUGGUUCUCGGAGCGCACAUGGAUUUACGACCACCCCAAGGCGGGGACGGUGUACAGCCACGGCUUCUUAUUCCCCGACGAAGUGGCGCGUGUGCGUGCUGAGCGUUCGCUGAGCUUUUCGACUGAAGCCGAUCGCCGCCCGUAUCCAGCUAGCGCAGACGCGUUCAGCACCGUGUCGCACUUUGGACAUCACUACCGUCCUCCACUGCGCGGGUUGAGCUUUGACGAGGCGGCUGAGGCGCUCGUCGAGGGCUCGGCGAUGAGCAAGUUGCGAGACGAGGCUGGCACGCUUCACGCGCACACGCGCGCGGACAUGGCGGAGCGCGUUGACGCCCUCAUGGCGGCCAAGCCGACGUUCGCACAACGAUACCUCGGCGAUCCCCACUUGAGGGGUGGCACGGUGGUUGUGCACUACAUAAAGCGCCGCAUGUGGUUUGACGAGACGCGGCGCACAUUGCUGGGGGAGGACUAGGGAUGGGGAUUCGACUUUUUCUUUCUUCAUUGACUCAUUGUAUGCAUUGUAUGUGACUGUUCGUG